UGUGUGUGUGUGUGUGUGUGUGUGUGUCAGUGUUUCUAUUGUGAACACACACAUGUAAAUGAAAGUUGUGUGCUUUUUUCUCUGCUGUCUGGACCGGACUGACCUCUCAUCAUCUGAUGGAUGGGAUCCUCUGGAUGUUAAUGAUUGAUCUGAAAUGACGACAGAACCAGAGACCAAACCAGAGCAACAGGGGGCCAGUGCAGCUCCGCCCCAAACGGCCCCGCCCAUCGACAACGAGCUUCCUCCUGCGGCUGCACACAGCACACCCGUCAGAAAAGAUCAGGCUGGAGAGCGAGACGCUGGCGGGAAAGCUGAUCAGCAGCCAUCCGAGGACGACCGCACCUCACACUGGUCCAAAUCUCCAGUGAAGGUCACCAGAAGACCCAGAAACAUGCAGUGUAAGAUCACGCUGCUGGAUGGAUCUGACUACACCUGUGUGGUGGAGAAGCGUGAUAAAGGUCAGGUGCUCUUUGAGAAAGUCUGUGAACAUCUCAACCUACUGGAGAAAGAUUAUUUUGGGAUCACAUACAGAGAUGUUGAAAACCAGAAGAACUGGUUAGAUCCAGCAAAAGACAUGAAGAAACAGAUCAGAGGCAUCGCUUGGAAUUUCUUCUUCAAUGUGAAGUUUUAUCCUCCUGAACCUGCACUGCUGUCUGAAGACAUCACCAGAUAUUACCUGUGUUUACAGCUGAGGGAUGACAUCAUGUCAGGACGUUUGCCCUGUUCGUUUGCCACUCAUACGGUUCUCGGUUCAUACACGGUUCAGUCCGAGCUGGGCGAUUACGACCCAGAUGAAUACGGGACCGAUUACAUCAGCGAGUUUCGUUUUGCACCUCAACAGACCAAAGAGAUGGAGGAGAAGAUCACAGACCUACACAAGACCUACAAAGGAAUGACCCCAGCAGAAGCUGAAAUGCAUUUUCUGGAGAAUGUAAAGAAACUCUCAAUGUAUGGAGUCGACCUUCAUCAUGCAAAGGAUUCAGAAGGGGUGGAGAUCAUGUUAGGCGUUUGUUCCUCCGGUCUUCUCAUCUAUCGGGAUCGACUGCGCAUCAACCGCUUUGCUUGGCCGAAAGUCCUGAAGAUCUCCUACAAACGCAAUAACUUCUACAUCAAGAUCCGUCCGGGUGAGUUUGAACAGUUUGAAAGCACGAUCGGUUUUAAACUUCCCAACCACAGAGCGGCUAAGAGACUCUGGAAGGUUUGUGUGGAGCAUCACACUUUCUUCAGGUUAGUUUCACCAGAGACUCCACCCAAGAAGUUCCUCACACUCGGCUCGAAGUUUCGUUACAGCGGCAGAACCCAGGCCCAGACCAGACGAGCCAGCUCACAGAUAGUCCGACCAGCACCGUAUUUCGAACGUUCAUCCAGCAAACGCUAUACCAUGUCCCGAAGCUUGGAUGGAGCUCAGCGGAGUACACCCAUGAACACAGCCAAUGGUACUAGACCAACAGAGAUGGGCACAGCGUUGUACGGCACAGCUAAAGGCGUGGCAGUGAGUGACCUCAUCACUACAGUGACACCAGAGAGGAAGACAACAGAAGAUGAAGGAGAGCAGGACAGAGUGAUGCUGGUUGACAGUGUUGCAUUGCUGGAAGAAGAAGACGAGAGCACUAAAGUUACUGAAGUUUCCCAGCCGAGUCCUCUUACACCCAUACGACAAGACACACGGACGGAUUUCACAGACACAGCUGUUGAUGGAGAUUUAACAGCCACUGAGUCGGAUCAAGACGAUGAGUCUGAGAUAAAGACACAGUUCAUUAAACAGAAUAAAGAAGUGAAUGUGUUUAUCAGACACAGUAAACUGAUGAUAGAGGAAAUUGAUCAGACACCAGAUGAGCUGUUGAAACAUCAGACCAACAUCAGUGAACUGAAGAGGACGUUCCUGGAGGGAGGAACGGAUCGGACGGGUCUGACAGAGUGGGAGAAGCGUCUGUCCUCCUCUCCGCUUCGAUCUCCUCGUCUUGAUGAAGCUCCCAUGAUCGAACCGCUGGUUCCAGAAGAAAUGAAACAGGAAUCAGCUGUGGGAGGAUCGACAACACAGGACAGUCUGAAGGACAGAAGAGUUGAUGUGGAAACUGAUGGGUGGGUCAUUAUAAACAAGGUUCCUCCUAUAGAAAAAGAAAUGAUUACAGAAAGAGUUCCUCCUGAGACGGUGCCAGAGAAAUCUGAUGCUGUUGUAAAGGAAAAGUUUGAACCAGUGAAAAGAUUUGGCAUUGCACCACCUCCUGAUGUAAGAGAAAAAGUUAUUAUUACUCAAGAAGAAGUUCCUCCAGUUGUUCCAGAUCGAGGUCUUACUGUUGUAUCAGAAGAUCUUCCUCCUAAAAAGAUUCCUCCUAAGGUACCGGAGAAGAAACACAUCUCCAGCUAUAGAUUUGUAUCCACCACUAGCACUGUGACCAGCAGUGAAGCUCUGGAGGAGAAGAAGCCUAAAGCUCAAGAAGACAUCUUCAGUACGGACAGUAGAUCUUAUGACUUUUCCUCCACCACAGUUGAACGGUCUGAAGACGACAACCUGACAUCUGCUCAACUUCCCAUUAAACUCUCUGAGCGGUCCAUUGCUGCUACCAUUAAGGUUGUUCCUGUGACGGUUAAGUAUCAGAUCACCAGCACAGAAGAGGGUGCUGGUACACCUGUCAUCACAGUCAGAGAGGCUGGAACGCCAUCUGAGCCUCCAGUCAUCCAGACCGGUGAGGAAUCUGGAGACAUCAAGACGACCGAAUUAAAGAUUUUCACCUCUCCGACACCACGGUCUCCACUUAGAUCUCCUCUCAGAUCAUCUGCAGAUGUCAGGCUGAGCCCCGGUCCUGUGCCCUAUCUCACCAAAACCUCUCCUACAGCUCGAGUGCCUAAACCCAGUUUUGAUGAGAUGUCGCCCGAGCUCACUGCUCUCUUGCAGUCUACACACAGCUGGUCAUCAGCUCCUCCGUCCGCCCUCAUCACCCCCUCAUCUCUCUCGUCCCAUAAGCCAUCAGAAAGCCAGAAGAGUCAUCCGGAGGAUAUCCAAUCAGAAGAAGAGAAGCAGCCAUCGGACAAACCGCUGGACCAGCCUCAGUCAGAGCCAUUAGGAGACACACAGCAGAUGCCCGUCAUCCACACAGAAAUGAAAACUAUCACAUAUGAGUCCAUGCAGCAGGGUGAAGCGGAUGAAGACACUGAACCUGGAAUACUUAUGAGCGCCCAAACCAUCACAUCAGAAACCAGCAGCACCACCACGACCACUCACAUCACAAAGACGGUGAAAGGCGGCAUAUCAGAGACACGGAUCGAGAAGAGAAUUGUUAUCUCAGGAGAUGCAGACAUUGAUCACGAUGAGGCUCUUGCUCAAGCUAUUAAAGAAGCUAAAGAACAACAUCCUGACAUGUCAGUGACUAAAGUCGUGGUCCAUAAAGAGACGGAGAUCACGCCAGAGGAGGGCGAGGAGUGAGGCAGGAUUAACACCUUCAUGCAUUCUGGAAAAAUCUCUGGCUGUGGAAAAUCUCGGCUGUUUCAGAUGGAGCCACAGAAUGAAUCGUCUGAACACAACACACACACACACGCUUACAGACUGAAUCACUGUUACUGCAUGAUAUGGGAACAAAUCUGAGAAAAACUAAUAUUUAUCAGCAUUUUAGGAAAUAUUAUAUGAGCGCAGUGUAUAGUUCAGCCAUGAGCUCGCUAUAAAGAGAAAUGUGCAAAUAUAAAUCUCACAGAUAUCUACAUUUUAUUUAUUAAAAUACUGCUCACCUUAAAAGCAAAAUCAACCAGAAUGAGUGCAAAAUAUUUAACCACACAAAGAUGUGCCAUCAUCAUCAUCAUGUUAUACUUUAUCUCUGAUUUACUCCUGGUACACAUUACACACUAACAGCAUCAGAAUAUGUCACACAAUUUCUCCAAACAUCAUUUAUCUUUAUGGAGUGUCCUGUUGUUUUUUACUUGAAUUAUUUAGCCAUUUAUGUGUUUUUCAUUGUGAACGCUUGAGUUUAGAGGAAUGAACACUGCUGAUGUUUACCGAUAGUUUGUACCCUGAAUCUUUUGAUCAUUUCUGGAAUUCACUUUGUCACAUCUGAGCCUUAAACUGUACAGCAACCCCAACACAAACCCAAUGUGGCUUUAUGUCUGUGUUUGUCAACAUCCAAUGUAUUUAUUUAUUUAUUAUACAGCAUUGAUUCGUGUACUGUUGAAUGUUUCCUCCUUCAGCUCAAAUAAAAUCAUUUCUGAUCA